CUAUGAUUUUCCCUCAAUUUUUUGGUCUCUCUUUCUCAGUUUCUCUCGUUCUUUCUAUCUCUCUCUUAAGUUUUUGUCCCUAUCUCUCUAACAUCGUCACACUCGCCUGAGAAUCAAAGGCUCCAAGAUCAUUACUUUCGGGAAAAAAAAAAGGUAAAAGCAGAACAAUAGAUGAGAAAAUCAAAGAAGAAUAAAAUAUCUUUCUGCCAAAAGCCAAGGAAGCUCUAUUGGGCAAGUUUUGAGUGGCGAGCGGUGAGCAGCAGUGAUCUGGGCUGGGACGACGUUCUCUGCGUCAAGUUGAGGCGGUGGGUCUAUUCCCACAGGUUAAAACUUAAAAGUUGAACGAUCAAGACGGUGCACUGAAGAACUUCAAGAAGAUUGACCAAGUACCAAGUUGCUAGGUGCCACCUACUCAUCUCCUUAUAUGGCCAACAAAGCACUAUAUGGUUAUAUAUGUAUAUACACAUAAAUCAGACAGUAUUCCUUUAUAUGACCUGUAUGUAUGUUAGAUUGAUACCAAUAAGGCACAAAACAUAGCAUGCUAGUAAAACCUCUCAUACCCACCUUGACCUCUAAACAACUAAAUCAAAUCCAUGCUCAAAUCCUCAAAAAUUCAAAACCCCAUUUGUUAAAUGCUUUAGUGGGAGUUCUCACAAACUCCCCCACCCCACAAAAUGCCCUUGUCCUCUACAACCAAAUGCUCCACCACCCAACUUCCCACAAUCAUUACACAUUCACCCAUGCACUCAAGGCAUCCACCUUGUUGCAUGCACACCAAAAGGGCCUUGAAAUCCAUGCACAUGUCAUAAAAUCUGGUUACUAUUCUGAUAUCUUCAUCCAGAACUCCUUGCUUCAUUUCUACAUUGUUGUAAAUGAUAUCAUAUCUGCCUGCUGGAUUUUUGACUCUAUAUCUUUCCCAGAUGUUGUUUCAUGGACUUCGAUCAUUUCGGGGCUUUCUAAGUGUGGUUUUGAGGAGGAAGCUAUUGUUAAGUUUUGUUCCAUGAACAUAAAGCCUAAUUCUACUACUCUUGUUAGUGUUUUGUCUGCUUGUUCUAGCCUAAGAGCUCUCAAGCUCGGCAAAGCCAUUCAUGGAUAUAGUUUGAGGAAUUUGGAUGAAAGUAAUAUUAUUUUGGAUAAUGUAAUACUUGAUUUUUAUGUGAGAUGUGGGUCUUUAGUAAGUGCGAAGUACUUGUUUGUGAACAUGCCUAAGAGAGAUGUGGUUUCUUGGACUACAAUGGUGGGUGGUUAUGCACAAAGAGGAUUUAGUGAAGAGGCAGUGAGGGUUUUCCAGGAAAUGGUGGAAGGAGGAGAAGCUCAGCCUAAUGAGGCCACUAUUGUCAAUGUAUUGUCGGCAUGUUCUUCGAUUGGUGCAUUGAGUUUGGGUCAAUGGGUGCACUCCUACAUUGAAACGCGAAGUGAUCUUCCGGUGGAAGGUAAUGUGGGAAAUGCCUUGAUCAACAUGUAUGUUAAAUGUGGGACUGCGGAUGUGGCAAUUCACAUUUUUAACAAGCUUCUGCGCAAGGAUAUCAUAUCAUGGAGUACCAUUAUUAGCGGCAUGGCCAUGAAUGGCCAUGGCAUGCACGCAUUGCAGCUCUUCUCUCUCAUGCUAGUUCAUGGAGUUCCUCCAGAUGAUGUAACUUUCAUUGGCUUACUAUCAGCCUGCAGCCAUGCAGGCCUUGUAGAUAAAGGCUUGAUGAUCUUUGAAGCAAUGAAAAAUGUAUAUGGUAUUAUGCCCCAAGUACAGCAUUAUGCUUGCAUGGUAGAUAUGUAUGGACGUGCUGGGCUCUUGGAGGAAGCAGAGGAUUUUAUUAGGCAGAUGCCUGUGGAUGCCGAUGGACCAAUUUGGGGAGCUUUGCUUAAUGCUUGCAGAGUUCAUUGGAAUGAGAAGAUGUUUGAACGGAUCAGACAAUGUCUUCUUGAUACAAGAGGUGUGAGUAUCGGGACUUUUGCUUUAUUGUCAAACUCAUUUGCUAGUUCUGAUAGAUGGGAAGAUGCUAAUAAGGUCCGUGAUGAAAUGAGAUCCAUGGGGUUGAAGAAGAUGGCAGGGUGUAGCUGGAUAGAGGUUAAUCCCUCCACCCAUACCCUGGAUAAACCAGAUGCUUGCUUCGCAUAUGCAAGAUAAUAAUCUGCCGUUAUUGAUCAUCCGAAAGAAGAUUUUAAUUGAACUGAUCCGAUUUUUCUGAGAAUUUGGAUAUUCUUCCGUUGCAUCCUUGUAUCAUAAGAGGAAGAGGCAACAUUUCUGUAUUCAUGUAUGCUGUUGGAUGGAGGGUCCUCCAACGUUGAAUGCAUAGUUUUGAUUGGAACUACAUGACCCCUGAUCCGGGGUAUGUUUCAUGACUUGAACUUUGCUAUGUAAGUCUUUUCACUUGGGAAUGUAAUGAUUUUGCGGCUCCUGGGAAGUUCAUUCUAACACACCCAGACAUCAAGAUGUACAUGUUAUUGAGUAUCAGAUGUACCACGUGACUCAUGCUGUUCUGCAUAAAUGCUACCGUGGAACCUGCAUAUCACAUCAAGGUGUAUAUGGCCUUCGAAAUAAUUGUACUAAAGUAAUUUUCUCCUGGUAAUAACUAGUAAGUUGCAUGAUAAACACCCUCUUCAGGCAGCCUGCCAAGCAUGUGCAUUUCAAUAACCUGAUGCCAUUUAAUAUUUGCUUUAUAUGUUUUUACUAUCUCUAUAUUACUUAAAAUAUUCUGAUCCUAGAAUUGCAGAGAGUAUUCAGAUAGAGUUGGCUUGAGGACAAUCAUGCACCUGUUCUUUUCUAAAUUGGAGGACAAUGAGAAAAGGAUGGGUUUGCUGGUGGAGCUCUUUGAGAGGAAUAGUAGAGAGUCCAAAAAGAGAUUUUGCACUGCACUGCAUGAUAGUGCUCCAAUGUUUGUGAUGACUGUAAAGGAUUAGGAAUUAAAUUUUAAUUUCAGAAGCUGAGAGCUCAAUGUUGUUGAUGAGAAAAAGAACUAAAAUUUUGAUGCCUUGUAUCCAGCCUUUCUCCCUUUUGGGGUGGUUCUAUUUGAGCUUGUUUUGCUAAUUCACUUUGUUCAAGUGAAGAUGCUAUUUUAUCUUUUCCCCCAAAUUCAAUUUAAAAUUUAGCAUCUAUUGCUUAAUUUUGAAUUUUGAGAAAUACCUUAACAAUUUGGUUAAUUAAUUCUGAUUUCUGAUUAUGAAGUGUAUGCUAUGUGGAGUGCGGGAACUGGUUCUUUUAGAAUAUUUUUUUUACUUGAAUAUUAUUCUAAAUUUGGUUUUGAUGCUUU